GGUUUUUCCUUGGGCCUGAGGGGAGCCUGAGGGGAAGAUGCCGGGCGGCGGCGGCGGGCGGGUUUGCGCCGCGUGCGGCAGCUCGGAGAUCGAGGUGGACUCGGCCCGCGGAGACGCGGUUUGCACGGGCUGCGGCUCCGUCCUCGAGGACAACAUCAUCGUCUCCGAGGUGCAGUUCGUGGAGAACAGCGGAGGAGGGUCGUCGGCCGUCGGACAGUUCGUCUCCCUCGACGCGGCAGGAAAAACCCAAACAGUCGGAGGAUUUCACGUCAACUUGGGAAAGGAAUCGCGGGCGCAGACUCUCCAAAAUGGAAAACGGCAGAUCCAUCAUUUGGGGAACCAACUGCAACUGAAUCAGCAUUGCCUUGAUACAGCCUUCAAUUUUUUCAAGAUGGCCGUGAGCAAGCACUUAACCCGAGGGAGGAAGAUGACCCAUGUGAUCGCUGCUUGCCUCUACCUGGUGUGCAGAACAGAAGGCACUCCACACAUGCUGCUUGACCUCAGCGAUCUCCUUCAGGUGAAUGUCUACGUGCUGGGGAAAACUUUUCUUCUGCUGGCCAGAGAGCUCUGCAUAAAUGCUCCAGCUAUAGAUCCAUGUUUAUAUAUUCCUCGUUUUGCACACAUGCUGGAGUUUGGCGAUAAGAACCAUGAGGUUUCCAUGACUGCCCUAAGGCUCCUGCAGCAGAUGAAGAGAGACUGGAUGCACACAGGGCGACGGCCUUCGGGGCUUUGUGGUGCAGCUCUUCUAGUUGCGGCAAGAAUGCAUGAUUUUCGGCGCACUGUGAAAGAAGUCAUCAGAGUGGUUAAAGUUGGCGAAUCAACACUAAGAAAAAGACUUACAGAGUUUGAAGACACACCUGCAAGUCAGCUAACAAUAGAUGAGUUCAUGACAAUUGAUUUGGAAGAGGAAUGUGACCCUCCUUCAUUUACAGCUGGUCAACGAAAGAUAAAGAUUCAGCAGCUUGAGAAGGAGCUGUCUAAAAAGCUUGAAGAGUUAGAAGGUGAAAUAUCAAGCUACCAAGAUGAAAUUGAGAUUGAGUUAGAAAAUAGCAGACCAAAAGCAAAAGGAGUUUAUGCAAAUUUCAGUAAAGACGACUGCAUGGAAGACAAUGCCUCGAGUAUAUUUGGAGAAGAGGAGGGAGAAGACGAAGAACUGGAAGCAGCUGCGAAUCAUUUAAACAAGGACUUUUACAGUGAACUUCUGGAUAAAGACAGGUCAAAGGAAAAAGAGUCUCCUCUGAGGCCCCCUGCCCUGGAAUCCCUGCUUGGCCCUCUCCCUACAGCCGCCAGCCUUGGGAUAACGGAAUCUAUAAAAGAAUGCAUAUUGACUAAGGAUCGAGACCACAAUGAAAAUACUGGAGAUGGUGAAUUAGAUCUAAGUGGAAUUGACGACAGUGAAAUAGAUAUGUAUAUACUUAAUGAUUCCGAAGCCAAAAUAAAAGCAGAACUCUGGAUGAGGGAAAAUGCAGAUUAUCUGAAGGAACAAAAGGAAAAAGAAGCAAGAAUAGCGAAAGAGAAGGAGCUUGGGAUUUAUAAAGAACAUAAGCCCAAGAAGUCUGCAAAGAAGCGGGAGCUGAUCCAGGCCAGCACAGCGGGAGAGGCAAUUGAAAAGAUGUUGGAACAGAAGAAGAUUUCAAGUAAAAUUAAUUAUAACGUGUUAAGGGACCUCAACAGCAAAGGAGGGAGCUCACCAAAGAAAGAUGAUGACAGCGCUGAUGACAGCAGCAGCACCAAGAAACUGUCAAGAAGAAAAUCUCUGGCGGCUCGGAAUGUGGCCAACUCCGUAAACAGUGUGGGGAAAAGGUUAAGACCCUUGAUUUCGACACAGCUAGCAAAAAAGCCUGCAACAGAAGAGGCAAUCUUUCCAAGCACUCAGACAGAGGCCCAAGCAGCUGAGAAGCCAGCAAAUGUGUUGGUAGAAACCGGGCCCGUCUCGUACAACCAUGAGGAGGAAGUGGAAGAAGAAGAAGUCGAGGAAGAAGAGGAGCAUUGCAUGAGUGCCCUACAGCUCAUGGGGGGAAAUGAUUAUGGCUGUGAGAUGGACGACGACGAAGGAUACUAAUUCUAAUUGCCUCCUAAUGGGAUCGGUGAAGGACGUUAAGCUGGCGAUGUCAACAAACCCUCCUGACUUCCAUUGCUUGCUGGUCAGUUUCCAUUGACCUGUAGCCUGGCACCGGGGUUUGGCUUUCGAAUACUUGAAAUGUUUCUGGAUCAUGUUAUGAGAAAGGGACUCAGCGAAGCAUCCAUUUCAGGGAACAAAGGAGAAGAGGCAAAAUGGCUGGCACAACUCGGCGGCGUGGUGUUGGAACUGCCUUGUGGCUGUCCUUGGUUCAGCCACAUCUCCGUUAGAACACAUAUAUGACAAGGAGAAAAUCAUAAUAGUGUGCAAAACCUCCAAGUGGAAAAGUUGUGGACAUGCACUGUUUACAUUGGGGGUGAUAAAAGCACACACACCCCGCCCCUCUAUAGAAAAAGCCUGACCUUGGCGUAGCUUCUGUGUUUCCAUGCUGAAAUAAAUAACAUCAGAGCUGAUAUGCAAGCUGCCCAGGCAACUCCUCUUGGAAAGCAAUCCCAAACACCUGGUUCCCCACCCCCAAAUAAAUGCAGUGUUACCCUAAGGUUAGAGCGUCAUUGGAAAAGUAUCUCAUAGAGGACAGCAGUGGUACCUUAAGAAGCUUGAAGAAGCAACAAGAGGGUUUGUCAAAGUUGGUUGCUGUAUCCCGGUGUAGACUUCAGAGGUGCGGGAAACAGUUUGGACAUCUUAGUAAGGGGAGUCUAUUCCUGCUCCAAGGAAAACAAGCCAGGCCUUCACUCACCGCUGCUGUAAGAUAGGGAUAGGGCAAGUGAGGGAUUGGCAGGGGAGAAGAGUUCAAGGGGAAGACUUGACACCCCUGCUGCUGACUGUAGGGCAUCUCACAAGCUCCUAUGCCUCUGUGAUGCACUUAAAAUUUAAGAGUAUGGUGCUACUCACAACUAUUGGGGGGCGGGGGGUUGUGCUCACUUUUUGUCCUUCUGGCAGUCUUAGUUGGCUUGGCACAAUAGACAGAUUUGUCUCCAGUAAGUUUUACUUUGCUUUGUUUUAAGGUAAAUAAGCUACUUCCCCCUUCCCCCUGCCCCUAAUGUAAUGUAAUUUAAUAUUAUUUAAUGAGGUCGAUACAGGCUCAGCCCCAUGAGAACCUUGACCAAGCUCUGCUCUCUCGGCACUGUCCAGUAACCUGUCAGAACUUUAAACCUUGUGAACCUGAGGUUAAACCAGACCAAUAGUUUCCCACCUCCUCAUUUCAGGCCUUGCAGGAUUGCAGCCUGAAUUUUUACAGCCGUUGCGUUUGACUCCUUUGACUUUCUAGGAGCACAGCAUCUAUUUGCUCGCUGGUAGCCAAAGGACGCAUACCACAGGGGCGGUUUUCAUCCCUGUUGCCUGGCAGGCAAGGAGGAUGUGCCGAGUUGACUUUGUGGGAAAUGGAUUCCCCGCCCCAUUGAGACAAAAAUACACCCAGUUCUCCAUGUUGGCCUUGUCCAUGCCAAAAGGUCAAGCUGCCUCUUUUCUAUGCCAUUGCUUGCUUUUACCAGAGCUCCAGGCUGGAAUAUCCUAGUUAGAGGAUAAGACCGAAAGCGAUGCUUUUCUGAAUUCAGAAGAGCUAGUUCUUGCUCAGCUGGUAUUAUUGAGAUGUACCACUUCGGACUGCAAGUGGGGACUUACAUAGUGACCUGCUCAGCCAUGCAAGAGCUACAAAUCCCUCCAUGCAGAAAAUUCCCAUCAUCCCUGUCCAUUGGCCAUGCUGGCUGGGACCGAUGGGAGUUGGAGUCCAAUAACUUCUGGAAGGCCCACAGGUCUGGCACCACUGGUUUAGUCGAAAAGGCCCACCAUCCCCCACUCUCAGCCUGCGAUGUUCCAGCCCAGAUGCAGAUUUUCCAGCUCUCUGAGAACUAGACUCAAGUCACUGGGAGAUGGUAGGACAUGGCAGAAGGAGGUGACUCAGAUCUCCUGGGGCAUCCUGCAUUUAAUUCUGUGACUGGGAUUUAUCUGGGCGUUUAUCUGAAGUACUAGGUCUGGAUCUGUAAAAUGGAGAUUCUUGCUUCGAUAGUACGUGGCCACUUCUGUUUUGGCAGAGAUUGCUGUGGCAAGCUCCCUCCUUUAAAAAACAACAACAAAACCCCAAAUAAUUCUUUUUAGGGACCAGGUACUAGGUGGUGAGCUUGCCAGUAUCUCACUAUCUGCUUCUUUGUGGUUGGCUGGGUCCAUGCAGUUGCCCUGGCAUUUGCUGCCUGCUUUUCACGUGGAUUAUCCGGGCAGCUUGGCAUGUCUCCUUGCCAGACUUGCCUCCUUGAGGCCAGGUUUGCAUAGCUAGGCUCUGAUUUUAGACUACAACUCCCGUCAGUCCCAGCCAACAAGGUUGAGGAAGGCUGAGAUUUGGAAUCUGGCCAAUCCGUAUGAAAUACCAACUGCAGGAAUAGGAGAAGCAGUUUUGGGGGAGAUGUUUAAUCUUUAUUCUCGGGCUUCUAUUGGUCUUUUAGCAGUUUGAUUUUGAAUCCAAUAGUAUGUCAUUGCGGAGGCAAGAGAAGUUUGCCCACUUCUCAGCUGCGAAAUGCUUAAGAGGUCCUGUAGGAUCAGCGAUUUCCCCCCUCCUCCCUCCCCAGUGUGUUACUUUGGCUCAAUGAGGGUUUUUUGUUUUGUUGGCUUUUUUAAAGGGUUGGGAUUCUGAGGACCAAUUUCAGUGUCAUGAUGGAGAUACAUGAUCUUUAAAUUCUUGCAGAGAGCACCUACAAAGGAGGCACAGUUUGGAUUGGGCCACAGCACUGGGGGAACUGGAUUGAACCAUCCCCCAGGUGUUUCCUAAUGAAACUCGCCCACCCAAGCUGCUGUUUGUCCUCUUAGGGAAAGCUUAUGUAUACUUGUAAGUUGUAGCUAAAGUGGGGGCAGGGAGGAAAGGGUUAAAAUACCAUACACUGCCUGCAGGAAUCCCAGUAAUUGUAUCCACUCCCCAGCGACUGCUAUUUUCAUUUUGUUGAAAGGAUGCUUAUCAGGUGCAAAGGCACAUCUAACAACCAAUCCAGUUUGGCCCUGAGUUCCAGUUCCCAUAAAUGGGAAAGUUUGCAGGCCUGCUGAGGAGCAUUUCACAAGCCACCAGCUCUGCUGCGAUCCUUUGCCUUCAGCUGCAGGAGGGCUGAGGUGUGUGUUUUGUCUUGCGGCUGCAGAAAGGUGUCGUUUUAAUAAACCUUGGAAUGCAUAAGAAUUUUCAAUCCUGCCUCUCACAUUUCUAAGUCAUGUAAUAUUACACACAGAUUUCUUUUAUUUUUCUUUGUUCAUUCCUCCUCGGUGUAACUAAGCUCAGGGAAUACAAACGGAUUAGCAGAUGCCACCUUCUGUUUUCAUAACUACUUAGGGAAAAUGUUAAAAUAAAGGCGAGUACACAGUUCA